AAAUUAAUCUUUGAGACACACAAGUAGUUGAUGUGUGUGUAUAAGAAUAACUCCUCCAGCUAUCUUCCAUUUUGUAUGUUUCUUUCUUUCCAUCUUACUUCCGCUUCAAUGCAGCUCUUUCUUUGGUUACUUCUUUCUCCAACUCUAACUCUAACCUACUUCUCCAUUUUUCACUCUCAAUCUUUAACCUUCUAAUUCAAAAUCCCUUUUUUCACUCUCUCUAUCAUCAGAUCAAUAUUUUCACCUCUCUUUCUCCUAUGUUACCAUCCCUCACUCAAAAAAAUCAAAACUUUCAUUUGGAUUUAUUCACUUUUAAUCUGAUUUUCUAAAAUGGGUUUUGUUUGAGAUGUAUACAGUUGAUUUAACAUACAAGAUUUCUUGUAGAUAUACUAUUUAGUACUUUCUUUCAACAAGGUUUUUCGACAAUGGGAAGAGGCCGAGGAAAAGGGAAGAAGCAAUCUGCUAAUAUUGUAGAGGAUCUUGUAAGUGAUGAAGAGGAUAAACUCCCGGCUCACAGAAAAAGAGGAAGACCGUUAAAGCCAUUGACGGAUGAAAACGAAGAAAUUGAAGUAGCUGAAAAGAUAGAGAAAGAUGAGAAGAAUGUAAAUGGUGAUGUUUCCAGCAAUGAUUUGAAAACUCAAGUCAUCACUGUGAAUAAAAGGAAAAGGAAGAGGUCUUCUUCACAGGUUAAAGAAAAGAUAGAACCGAUGAAAGAGGACAAUGGCGUCCGAGCAAAGUCUAGCCCUGCUGAUUUGGUGAAGUCUACCGGAUUCCGACAAAAUGGAAGCAGGCGUAAAAGCAAACCUCGACGUGCUGCUGAAGCCGGUGUAGAUUGCAAGUGAGCAAGGUUUUGUUUGUGCAGAUAGUUUCAUGAUGCACUUGGAAUUGCUGGAACUUUGCCAUCACAAGUCAGGGUUUGUUUGGUUAUUAAGGCUUGUUAUGGUUGCUUCUUAUUAUUAUUGUAACUUUCAUAUGCUUUUUCCAACAACAAAAAAAGGCUUAUUGUAGUUUUGAGGAUUCAUAGUAGACUAUGCUUCUAUAGUCUUCUAUAGAGAUACUAUCACUUAAAAAACUUUGGAAAAUUUUGUAGAUAUUCUUCUAUCAUGAGUUUGUAUAAGUUGAUUUCCUCUUGCUUUCAUUAAGUGUGUCCAAUGGCACAUUUGUGAAAAUGAAUGGUUCAAUUCCAAUUAAGAUUCAUACUAA